UAAUGAAAGUUCUUGAGGCCUAAUGUCCGGCUAAUGGAUGUGAGGCGGCGUCCGUUCCUUGCCCCUCGGACCCCACAAUGUGCCCCGUAACGCAAAUCGAAUUGCUCUGCACCAUUAUCCUUGAGAAAAGGAAACUUCGUAUAGCCAAGGCCCCACCAACAAAGCGGAAAAAGUAUCGCAAAUAAAAGCGCGCGGCGCGGGAAAACCCCACAAAAGGAAAUUUAUAUUUUGUGACGGUUUCGGUCUUCGAUUGCAAGAGUUUCAAAAUCAAAAUUGAGGAAUACCAAUUAGAGGAUAAGGCUACUUAAGGAUCAACAAACAAACAAACAAACAAAAAACACCAAAUCUAUAGACGGUUAUUUUGGCCAAGACAGCAACAAACA